CCGGAAACGAAGAAGUACGAAGAUUUUAUAGAUCUUAUCGGGGGAUUUAGAAAAUAUCAAAAGACGUUAGUUUUGAUUUUGAUCUGUAUGAGUUUUACAUCAGCUGCAAACAACAUGAAUUGGCCUUUCUUAGCACCCAGGAUCAAUUAUUGGUGCGCGAGACCUCCAAAAUACUUUAACUUAUCGGUAGAAGAAUGGAAAAAUAUCAGCGCUCCCACAGAAAUAAAGAAAGGUAAAAUUGUGCAUAGCCAAUGCCAAGUUUAUGAACUUGAUACGAAAGAUGUGAAUUUGUCGUCGAUUCCGUGCUCUUCGUGUGAAUACGAUCAUUCAGUGUUUAAAUCAAGCAUCAUCGAAAAGUGGAAUUUAGUUUGCGAUGAUUACUGGAUGGCUUCGUUCGCCGGAUCUUCUUACUUCAUGGGACUAUUUGUAUCCGCUCUUAUCAUUGGUCAGCUUUCUGAUAGAUAUGGAAGACGACCGGUAAUCAUUUUCGGCAUUAUCCUUCACAUUUUAUCUGGAUUGCUGUGCACCAUCUCGCCAUUCUAUUGGAUGUUCACUGCGUGUCGAUUCCUUACAGCAGUGGGAAAAAAUGCUUAUGGUCUUGCUUAUUUUUAUAUUGCUGAAUACAAUUUUUAUUUAGUAUUAGAAGUGGUUGGACCGAAUUAUCGUGAAAAUGUAUUUGUUGUUGCCGGUUUGUCUUAUACCACUGGAAUGCUCACGCUGGUAGGAGUAUCUUGGUUAUUGAAGGACUGGUUUUACAUUCAAUUAUAUUGCUCGUUGCCUCCCUUUAUACUGCUACUGCUUACUAGAUUUAUUCCAGAGUCUCCAAGGUGGUUGCUAGCCCAAGGAAAACUGCAUAAAGCUGAAGAAGUCAUAGAACGAAUAAUGAGGACAAAUAAAAUACAGAUUGUCGGCUUAACUGAAAUUAUUUCAGAACUACAUUUUAAAAUUAAAUUGGGCGAUAAGAAAGUCAGACGGAAUUUCUUAGACCUAUUCAAAAAACGAGGACUAAGGAAAAUAACGUUCAUCACUCCUAUCAUGUGGUUGAUUAUAAAAUUCAAUUUGUAUGUCUUGUCUCUCAACCCUGAUAUCGCUGGAGGAAACAUCUUUAUUCUUUUCUCUUUAUUUGGCCUAUUAAAUUACAUUGCUUGUGGAGUAUUGUAUGUUAUUCUGCAUCGAUUUAACAGGAAACGAAUAGAGAUAUUUCUGUGCACACUUAAUGGUAUUAUAUCAUUACUCAUCAUCGCCGUCCCUCAAGAUUACCCAUGGUUGAGUGUUGUUUUAAUCGUGUCGUGCAGAUUCUUUACGUCGAUUGCAUCUGCCACACUAACUGGAUUUACCAUAGAGUUAUUUCCGACCGUAGUACGUAGUGUUGGUUUAGGGUUGUGUUCUACUUUUUCAAGAUUUGGUAUUAUUCUCGCUCCUUUUAUGAAAGAUCUGAGUGUCAAGGUCGAUUGGAAACUCCCUUUUAUUAUCAUAGGAGUGUUGAUGAUUAUAACAGGAUUCAGUGUUAUUCCUUUACCGGAAACAAAAAAUACACGUUUGAAAGACACCAUCCAGCA